GAUUGGCUGAGCACGGCGAUGGCAGCCGGUGAGCCCCUGUGUACCGUGCUCUCCAACCACCACAACCUGCACCUGGCGGGGAAGUGGUACGACGACAAGUGCUCCGAGACGGGCUACGGCUACAUCUGUCAGAAGCCCCAGGACCCGUCCAAACCACCGACCCACACGUACCACCACCCCGCCCCGGACAACGUGGACUACAAGAGCCGCAACUACAAGGUGUUGCCGGGCAACAUGAGCUGGUACCAGGCGCAGCAGGCCUGCGUGGACGUGGGCUCGGAGCUGGCCAGCAUCACGGACGCCUACCACCAGGCCUUCCUCACCGUGCUGGUCAACCGGCUGGCCGCGCCCCACUGGAUCGGCCUGUACAGCCAGGACGACGGCCAGAACUACCAUUGGUCGGACGGCAGCGACACGGUGUACGCCCACUGGGACGUCAGCGAGGACGAGGAGGACUUUGUGACGGGGGAGUGUGUGUACCUGGACGUGAGCGGGGGCUGGAGGCGGGCCGACUGCGAGAGGCCGCUACCGGGGGCACUGUGCCACGUCCCCCCGCCAAGAAGCAAUGCCUUCACCAUCUACGAGGUGGUUUGUCCCCCUACGUGGGUGAAGUUUGGAAACGGCUGUUAUAACUUUGAGCCUGCGGUCGAAAGACUAACCCUGGAGAAAGCCAGAGACCACUGCAGGCAGAAAGUCAACACGUCAGAUGUCCUCAGCAUCCAGAGUGAGGCGGAGAACCGCUUUGUGCUGGAGCAGCUGUGGUCGUCCGGGUUCCCCCACCAGACGCUGUGGCUGAGCAUGUUCUUCAACCCCGACACGAAAGGGCUGGCCUGGCUGGAUGGCUCCCCUCUCAACUUCACCAACUGGCACUUCCACGCCCCGGAGCGCAGCUCUCUGUCCGCAGACAGCUGCCUGUCUGUCAGGGUGCAGGACGGCACGUGGCACCUGUCUGCCUGCACCCAGCGCCUGGGCUUCGUCUGCAAGACACGGCCCGAAACCAUAACUGAGGUGGAAGUGGAACCACUAAACGGCCUCCAUCGGGGGGUCAUCCCCGCCGCCGUCCUGGUGGCCGUGCUGAUCUUCUGCUUGGCGGCCGGGAUCCUUUGGCUCCUGUACCGGAGGAGCAACUCGCGCUUCGGCCGGCUCCCCCCGCUGGUGGGGGGGGCGUACUACAGACAGACCGACUCCCAGGGCACCGAGUCGGACGGCAACGUGCUCAUCACAGACCUGGAGGGUCCUGGCGGGGACUAGCGUUCACACGCCGCUGGCGGCGGCUCCGGAGGGACACAUGAGAGGCUCAUCUCGCUCUGUGUCCUGUCUCUGCGUGUGUCUCUCUGUCUCUCUCUCCCUCUUUCUAUGUCUCUCUCCCUCUGUCUAUGUCUCUCUUCCUCUGUUUUUCUGUGUGUGUGUGUGUCUGUGUGUGUCUCUCUUUCGCUCUCUCUCUAUUUGUGACGACCUCUCGGUCACCUUCUAUCUUUAGCUGUGUAUGUGCUUGUGUGUCUGUGCCCACGUCUGUCUGUGCCCAUGCAUGUCUGUACCUGUGUGUGUGUGUGUGUGUGUGUGUUUGAGCCUGUGUGCAUUUGCCUGUGUGUGUGUGUGUGUGUGUGUGUGUGUGUGUGUGUGUGUGUGUGUGUGUGUGUGUUUGUUUUGAGUUUUGCCAGUUCACUUUGAGUCAACAAUGUCACACUAUGACAUUCCCAAGCUGCCGUUGUCAUUGGUCAUGAUUCGGGUCACAUGAUAGCAGCCAUUCAGUAUUUUUCCUCGGGAACUUCACUGUCUUACUGAAGAAAGGAAAGAGAGAACAAGUGAUUCAAAUAUGAAUCUGUCAGCAUGAUUCGAUUUCCUGUGAUGAAGUUAAAGGGACUGAACGAUGAACUAUGAUUGAAACUACAAUUUGAAAAAGGUGCACAAAUAAGAAUACGUUAAGAUAUGCAAGGUCAGGCGAGCGGUGAGCUAAUAAAAACAAAACAUUGAAUCAGGGACAUGUUUAUGAGGAGAUGCACUUAAUAGCAUGUCAGACCGGUUUUAUAUUAAUGAAGGAUGGGACACUUUAAGGUACCAUAGUACCAUUUUCAAGAUCAGAAGCCACUGCCUUUUCUGGUCUCCAGUCGAAGUUUUUGAAAGCAUCUUUAUAGGGGAAGUGUAUUUAGGAAAUCUAGCCGGAAAUUCCAGGUGUGUGUCUCUGUGUGGACACGUUUGUUGUAUGACGUGAUGGUCAUACAGUCUCAGUAUUAGGACUCCCUGUGUGGUGGUGCUUUGGUAUAUUUCUAAGGAAACGUUUUCAAUGUCCGAGUUGGUUCUCUUGUAUUUUCUAUUUUAUUAGGAGAACUCACAAGGCAUCAUUGAUCACUAUAAACGCUUUGAUGUGUUUUUGCACAGAUGUUUUUUGUAAUAAUAAAUGUGGGAAUUAAUAAAUGAAAAGUUUGAAGAUGAUUUCUCACAGUGUGUCGUG